UAUGGAUGGGAUGGAAGAUGACUCAGACUUAUCCUAUUGUAUGGUGUGAUGAACAACAACAAGAAGAAGAAGAAGUGGAAUUAGAUAUAUUUACAAGUGGUAUUAUUAUGGUAGCACAUACCUAUGCAGCAUACUAUCAAUUACGACAUCAGUUCAAGAAAAGGGCUAUACUUAAAAAAUACAUAUGUUUGGUACAUGGUCAUAUGGAUGAGGAUAGUGGUAUCAUUGAUACUAAUAUUCAGACUUAUUCUUCUAGUAGUAAUAGUAGAAGUAAACAUAUUCCAAUAUCAUCAUCAUCAUCAUCCUACUCUACUAUUAUUAAUAAUAAUAAAAAGGUAUCUUUACUUGAAGUAGAGAUACCUACUGGUAGAACACAUCAAAUAAGAUUACAUAUGUAUCAUAUUGGUCAUCCUAUUGUAUCUGAUUAUAG